AUGGAGCAUUCAUUGUUCUUUGUACUUUGCUUGUUAUUCCUUUUUCUGGGUACUUGCUAUUCUUUGUCCAGUGCAGCUCAAGAGAGAGAUAGGAUCAAAGAGUUACCUGGACAACCAGCCAAUGUUGGUUUCACCCAGUACUCGGGUUAUGUGACUGUAAAUCAGCAAGCAGGAAGGGCACUGUUUUACUGGUUCAUUGAGGCACCGGCUAGUCGUGGUCCUCAGUCAAGACCACUCGUUUUAUGGCUCAAUGGAGGGCCUGGUUGUUCUUCUAUCGCUUAUGGUGCUGCUGAAGAGAUUGGGCCUUUUCGUAUUAAUUCUGAUGGGAAGACCCUUUUCUUGAAUCCUUAUUCAUGGAACAACUUGGCAAAUGUGCUUUUUCUUGAAUCACCCGCUGGUGUUGGCUUUUCAUACUCUAACACGUCAUCAGAUUUGUAUACAGCAGGAGACCAGAGGACAGCUAUAUGCAGUUUGAAAUACAUUUCACUGAAGAUUCAUAUACAUUUCUUAUCAAGUGGUUCGAAAGGUUUCCACAAUACAAGCAUAGAGAUUUCUAUAUUGCUGGAGAAAGCUAUGCGGGUAGAUAGUUGUAUUCCAUCUUGUCAUUAUGUUCCUCAGUUGUCUCAAAUUAUUUACCAAAGAAACCUGGGAAUUAAAAAUCCAGUUAUCAAUUUUAAAGGUUUCUUGGUGGGGAAUGCUGUUACUGAUGAUUUCCAUGAUUAUAUUGGCACCUUUGAAUACUGGUGGACUCGUGGUUUAAUUUCAGAUUCUACUUAUAAACUUCUCCAAGUAGCCUGCGACUAUGAAUCUGCUACACAUCCGUCAAGCGAUUGCAUUAAGGCUCUCACUGCUGCAAAGUUGGAAGGGGGAAACAUCAAUCUGUACAGCAUUUACACACGCCCUUGCAAUGAUGCUUCAUCACUACAGCACAACUUAAGGGGUCACUAUCCAUGGAUGUCCAGAGCAUAUGAUCCCUGCUCUGAAAGAUAUUCACAAGUAUACUUCAAUCUUCCAGAAGUUCAGAAGGCAUUUCACGCCAAUAUAACUGGGAUUCCUUAUCCAUGGAAAACAUGCAGUGACAUUGUUGGUAACCACUGGGCAGACUCUCCAUUAUCCAUGCUUCCUAUCUACCGAGAACUAAUAUCUGCUGGUCUCCGGAUAUGGGUAUUCAGUGGAGAUACUGAUGCGGUGGUUCCCUUGACUGCAACUCGUUAUUCCAUUGAUGCUUUGAAGCUUCCAACUAUUACCAACUGGUACCCAUGGUAUGACAAUGAAAAGGUUGGCGGUUGGAGCCAAGUAUACGAAGGAUUAACCCUUGUAAUAGUAACUGGAGCAGGACACGAGGUUCCACUGUAUCGCCCUCGACUAGCUUAUAUUCUUUUCAGAUCAUUCUUGGAGAACAAGCCAAUGCCAAGCUGA